UGAAAGCAUUUGCAUCAUCAGAUAGUCUAGCCAAGGUCCAAGAAGUAGCAAGCUGGCUUUUGGAAAUGAAUCAGGAACUGCUGUCUGUGGGCAGCAAGAGGCGACGAACUGGAGCGUCUCUUCGAGGUAAUGCUUCCUCAAGCCAAGUAGAUGAGGAGCAGAUGAAUCGAGUUGUGGAGGAGGAGCAGCAGCAGCAGUUACGACAACAAGAGGAGGAGCACAUUGCAAGGAAUGGGGAAAUAGGUGGAGCAGAGUCUGGACUUGGUGACAGAAUUGAAUCCCAGCAAGAACAGUUAGAAGAAAACAACAAUAGGCUUAUUGCAGUGGAUGAAGAAUCCACUGGUAACCACGAGGAGGAGGAAGAGGAAGAACAUGGUGGUGAACAAGAGGAGGAUGUGGAAGAAGAGGAGGAAAUGGACCAGGAGAGUGAUGAUUUUGAUCAGUCUGAUGACAGCAGCAGAGAAGAUGAGCACACUAACAGUAAUAGUGUCACAAAUUCAAAUAGUAUCAUGGAUUUGCCCAUACACCAGUCAUCUCAAUUCUACAUAAAGACAAAGAUGAAGAGAAAGUUGGACCAUGGCUCCGAGGUCCGUUCUUUCUCUCUGGGAAAGAAACCCUGCAAAGUCUCAGAAUACACGAGCACUACUGGGCUUGUGCCAUGUUCAGCAACACCUACUACUUUUGGGGACCUGAGAGCAGCCAAUGGGCAAGGACAACAGCGGCGCCGGAUUACAUCUGUCCAGCCACCUACAGGACUUCAAGAAUGGCUGAAAAUGUUUCAGAGCUGGAGUGGACCAGAGAAGUUACUUGCUUUAGAUGAACUCAUUGAUAGUUGUGAACCAACACAAGUGAAACAUAUGAUGCAAGUGAUAGAGCCCCAGUUUCAACGAGAUUUUAUUUCCUUGCUCCCAAAAGAGUUGGCACUAUAUGUGCUUUCAUUCCUGGAACCCAAGGACCUUCUGCAGGCAGCACAGACAUGCCGUUAUUGGAGAAUUCUGGCUGAGGAUAACCUUUUGUGGAGAGAGAAAUGCAAGGAGGAGGGGAUUGACGAACCAUUGCAUAUCAAGAGAAGGAAAGUAAUAAAACCAGGCUUCAUACAUAGCCCAUGGAAAAGUGCUUAUAUCAGACAGCACAGAAUUGAUACUAACUGGCGGCGAGGAGAACUUAAAUCUCCUAAGGUGCUGAAAGGACAUGAUGAUCAUGUAAUCACAUGUCUACAAUUCUGUGGUAACCGAAUAGUCAGUGGUUCUGAUGACAACACAUUAAAAGUUUGGUCAGCAGUUACAGGCAAGUGUUUAAGAACACUAGUUGGACACACAGGUGGAGUCUGGUCAUCACAAAUGAGGGACAAUAUCAUUAUUAGUGGAUCUACAGACCGAACACUUAAAGUAUGGAACGCGGAGACUGGAGAAUGUAUUCAUACUUUAUAUGGACACACUUCUACUGUGCGUUGUAUGCAUCUCCAUGAAAAAAGAGUUGUCAGUGGGUCUCGAGAUGCCACGCUGAGAGUUUGGGACAUAGAGACAGGCCAAUGUUUACAUGUUCUGAUGGGACAUGUAGCUGCAGUCCGGUGUGUUCAGUAUGAUGGCAGGAGGGUUGUUAGUGGAGCAUAUGAUUUUAUGGUCAAAGUAUGGGAUCCAGAGACUGAAACCUGUCUACACACACUGCAAGGGCAUACUAAUAGAGUCUAUUCAUUACAGUUUGAUGGCAUCCAUGUAGUGAGUGGAUCUCUCGACACUUCAAUCCGAGUUUGGGAUGUGGAGACGGGAAACUGCAUUCACACAUUAACGGGCCACCAGUCAUUAACAAGUGGAAUGGAACUGAAAGACAAUAUUCUUGUGUCUGGGAAUGCAGAUUCAACAGUCAAAAUCUGGGAUAUCAAAACAGGACAGUGUUUACAGACAUUGCAAGGUCCUAACAAGCAUCAGAGCGCUGUGACCUGUUUACAGUUCAACAAGAACUUUGUAAUUACCAGCUCAGAUGAUGGGACUGUAAAACUUUGGGACUUGAAAACGGGUGAAUUUAUCCGAAAUCUAGUCACAUUGGAGAGUGGGGGAAGUGGAGGCGUUGUGUGGCGGAUCAGAGCCUCCAACACAAAGCUAGUGUGUGCGGUUGGAAGCCGAAAUGGAACUGAGGAAACAAAGCUGCUGGUGUUGGACUUCGAUGUGGAUAUGAAGUGA